UCCACGAUGAAGCUGACUACCAUCCUGGUUGCUGUUCUCGCCUCGGUCGGUGUCCUGGCCGCGGCCGAAUCCACCAAGGACGCCCCCAAGACCCUGCGCAUCGGCGUCAAGAAGCGUAUCCCCGAGGAGGAGUGCACCCGCAAGAGCAAGAAGGGCGACACCCUGUCGAUGCACUACACCGGCACCCUCUUCUCGACUGGCAAGAAGUUCGAUUCCUCUCUGGAUCGCAACUCGCCUUUUGACUUUGUUCUUGGUGCCGGCCAGGUCAUCAAGGGCUGGGACCAGGGCCUCCUGGACAUGUGCAUUGGCGAGAAGCGCCGUCUGGUCAUUCCUCCCCAGCUUGGCUAUGGCGACCGCGGUGCUGGCGCAUCUAUCCCCCCUGGAUCCACCCUCGUCUUCGAAGUCGAGCUUUUGGAUAUCAAGAACAAGGCUGCCAAGGAUUUGUAGAGUCGAGACCGUCCCGAGACACUCGAAAACGCAAUUGCUGUCGAUGACAUUAGCCGGAUAAUACAGUAUUCAGAUAAAGUCAUCCACGCCAACCCAUGUCCUUUGCUCGGGGAGGGACAUGCCUGUUGUGUCCCGACCGUGCACAUAUCGGCGUCGUGGUACAUCAAGAUAUCAUCACAGCGCAUGCCGCGCUGUCGG